AUGCAGCUCUAUCGCUCUAUAAGCGGUUCUGUCUCUAAGACAUGGAACUCUAUCAACCCGGCCACCCUUAGCGGGGCCAUUGAUGUCAUUGUUAUAGAGCAGGAAGAUGGUACUCUCGCUUGUUCGCCCUUUCAUGUCCGCUUCGGCAAGUUUUCGCUCUUGCGUCCAUUUGAAAAGAAGGUGGAAUUCAAAGUGAACGGUCUCAAACAAGAAUAUGCCAUGAAGCUGGGGGAAGGUGGUGAAGCAUUCUUCGUUUUUGAAACCACCGACGAGAUCCCCGCAUCGUUACAAACCUCACCAUUAGUGUCUCCCGCGGCUAGCCCUAGAGCCCAGAGCGAACCCGAUCUCCCACACUCUCUACAGGAACCAGAAUACCUCGACCUGGAUAAAGCGAAUGGGGAUGCAUUGUCGGAAGGCGCAAAGACUCCACCGACGACGGCGGUGCCGUCGACCAAGCUACGAGCAAACACGGAUUUAGGAACCAUGACACCAUUGUCGGGAUCCCCUGAAGAGUCAGACCUGACUCGUUCACGACAUGGCUCCUUGGGUGCCAAACCCCCGCUUGAUCACGCACUGUCAGACAACGUGCUUCCUACCAAAUCUCCUCGACAUUCUCUGAACGGUGGAUCUGCAAAUGGGAACGAUGAAUCCCAUGAUGUUGAGGAUAAAACAAUCAAUCGCUCUCGCAGCCCUCCUCUCUCCCCACAGGAGGCGGUUUCUCGUGCCAUUUCGCUUUCAAAGAAGUUAUCUGGUUCCAACAUCCCAUCGCAUGUCACUGAAACUGGAGAUUUGAUGUUGGAUAUGACUGGCUACAAAAGCAAUGAAGAAGAUGCCCUCCGCGCGGAGGUUGUCGCGCGUAAGAUUCUCGCGGAGGAGCUUGAAGGGAAUUAUGACAUCGGUGCAUUGAUUGGAGCCGAUGAACACGGCAAUCUAUGGAUUUACAGCAGCGAGGAAUCAAAGGAACUGGCUGAUCAGAGAGCUACUCUCAAUUCGAUGCGGCCGGACGUAGCGAUGAACGAUGACGCUCUCUCCGACCCGGGAUACCACAGCGAGGGCGAGCGUGCCGCCUUGGAGCCAUCCUUGACUACGCGCCACCACCGAACCAAAUCAGAUGUUCAACCUGGCUUUCCGACGCCUCCUCAGUCGCCUGUACAAGAUUCUUUCGCUGUCGAAACUCGCAACUACGCCAAGACACUCCGCUUGACAAGUGAUCAACUCAAGGCCUUGCAGCUGAAGCCCGGCGCCAACACCAUGUCUUUCAGUGUCAAUCGAGCAAUUUGCAGUGCGAAUAUGUAUCUGUGGAAUGGCAAUACCCCGAUCGUGAUUUCCGAUAUUGAUGGAACUAUCACGAAAUCAGAUGCGUUGGGACAUGUGCUAAAUAUGAUCGGACGUGACUGGACGCAUGCCGGUGUUGCUAAGCUGUACACUGACAUCGUCAACAAUGGGUACAAUAUCAUGUACCUUACAAGUCGAUCUGUCGGUCAGACAGAUACCACACGAGCCUAUCUUAAUGGUAUCUGCCAGGAUGGAUACAGACUACCAAGAGGACCAGUGAUCUGCAGUCCCGAUCGCACUAUGGCUGCUUUGCGGCGGGAGAUCUAUCUAAGGAAACCCGAAGUGUUCAAAAUGGCAUGUCUACGGGAUAUUCUUAACCUUUUCUGCGGCAAAGAAAAUCCCUUCUAUGCUGGCUUUGGAAAUCGAUUGACCGAUGCGCUGAGUUAUCGCUCUGUGAAUAUUCCAUCCACUCGAAUUUUUACAAUCAACUCUAAUGCCGAGGUGGUUUUGGAUUUGCUCAGUCUAAAUAAGUAUAAGAGCAGUUACGUCACUAUGCAAGAGCUGCUUGACCAUUUCUUCCCACCGACCAGUCUUCUUGUACAGUCCGGCGGUGAGGAAUACACAGACUUCACAUACUGGAGAGAUACCCCUCAAGAACUUGAUGACUUCUCGACGACAGAUAGCGAGGAAGAGGAUGAGGAAGAGGAUGAGGAAGAGGAUGAGGAGGAGGAGGAGGAGGAGGACACUCCCGAGGAGGACGAAGAUGUUGAUGACGAAGAAUACGAUGAAGACUUGAGCGAUGGCGAAUGCAGCGAGUACCUUGAUGAGGCUGAGACAGAGGAAGAUCUCGGCGCAAGCUACAUGUCGCAGGACUCUAUUGCCCUAUCAAACCCCGCAGGCUCCAUAAUUGAAUCGGUGGAAGGAGAUGAAGCUGAUAUUGAAGAGGCAGCUAUCGGCAAAGAGGAGUUGUCUCCCGUCAUCGAGAAACAGCAGGAAGCAACUGAGAUGAACACCACCUCUCUUCCCAUCCGCUCCAAGUUGCCGCAGAAACCUUGA